CCAGAAGAUAACGAGGAACGAGAAUUUCUGCGGCAGUUAAUUAACGAGAAAAAGGAGGAGCAGAUGCGCAGGAGGGAGCUAGAAGACAAGAAGAAGAUGGAUGAGUUAAUCAGGAGGGAAAUCGAAAGGAAUUCGGAAGUUCUUGAGGCGCGUGUGAUGUCGAAAAUCGGACGCCAGUUUCUCGUCGCACGUGAGGAGGCGAGGAUGGAAGAGUCGCGGUCUCAUAUUUUUCGCACUCGCCGCAGUGUGACACGCGAUAAAAUGGAUGAAUAUGCAGAUAAGGGUACUGAGGACAUUGAGGAUGAAAUUGCUAAGUUGUAUGAGAUUCGUGAGAAGAAGAGGAAGGCAAAAGCGUCAGUUGAAGGGGAGGGAAGAAGACCAUUUAGGCAACCAGUGUUCGGGAGGAAUGGUUCGGUGGAGGAUGGACCAAUAGGUGAGUCCUCCAAAAUGGAGGAGGAACGUGGUCGAACGAAGAUUGCGGCUGGGAGUGGACCAGAUGGUUUCCUAGCUUAUGUUUUGGCGCAACGACGGCUCCUGACUCCGAAAACCAAGGAGCAACUGAAGGCGAUCUGUCGCCAGGAGAACGUGACGUACACUACGAAGGGACCCACGAUCAAGAGUAUAAUUGAGGCCAGAGCAAAGGUUGCUUACGAAGGAUUCAUUUUCACACCAUCCACGUCGUCGACAUCGCCGGAUGAGGAACGUACGCCGUCAGAGUGAUUAGCACAGGCGACUAGGUACCGACUUUGGUCUAAUCUGCUAGAGUGCAUGUCUC